AUAACAAUACUACAUUUCUAUAUAUACCUUCCUCCUCUCUUAUCUGCUAUUCUGCUUCAUUUCAUUUUGCAAACAAAACAAACAAACCAUAAACUUCACUUUUAUUUGUUGAGUAACAAAACACAAAGUAUUUUUGUUUCAAGGCAAGAAAACCCAAAUAAACAGAGCAACACACAAAACAGAGUUUGGAGAUUAUGGGGAAGCACUUGUUCAGGUCAUCUCCUCCACCGGAGAAACAAACAGCUCACCAAACACUCGCCGAGACAGCUGUUCAGGAGUGUAUGAGCAACAUCAACACCGUCAUAUCCAAAUGGACUUCUCCUUCUUCUUCUUCCGACCAAUUCCUCUUCUCCACCAACAGUCGUCGCGAAGCAGAGGAGUUCGUCGAAGCCGUCAGGCAUCUGCACAUCACGAUGCACCGUCUUGCCGCCGUCAACCCCUCGUCCGACAAGCUAAUCCACGCUCAGAACCUGAUGCAAUCAGCGAUGAACCUUCUCGAAUCAGAGUUCCACCGAGUCCUGAUGGAGAACCGACAGUAUCUAGACCCGGAAUCCGUCUCCGUCCGGUCCCACAGAUCGUCAAGAUUCAGCUCAUCCACACCCACCAGCGUCUCCGACUCCGAAGACGAAACCUUCCACGAAGAGAACACCACCGAAGAACAUAGAUUUUCCGGGGGAGACUCGGACGCAAUGGACGAUCUCAAGAUGAUCGCUGACUGCAUGAUCUCAUCAGGAUACGCCAAAGAAUGCGUCAAAGUCUACAAAACCGUAAGGAGAUCGAUCGUCGACGAGACGCUCCACGGCCUAGCCGUGGAGAGAUUCACUCUCCAUCAGAUUCAAAAAAUGGACUGGGACACACUCGAGUCCAAGAUCAGGUCCUGGCUGCCAGCUGUCAAGCUAGCCGUUAGGUCCCUCUUUUUCGGAGAGAGGCUUCUCGCGGAUCACGUCUUCUCCUCCUCCGUCAACAUAGCCGAAUCCUCCUUCACAGACAUCACGCAAGAAGGAGCGUUGACGCUAUUCACCUUCCCGGAGAACGCCGCGAAGAUAAAAAAACUAUCGCCGGAGAAAAUGUUCCGGUUUUUAGAUAUGUACGAGUCGCUCGCGAACCUCUUCGUCGAGAUCGAAUCCAUCUUCUACUUCGACUCGGCCGUUACCGUUAGAACUCAGGUGAUCAGCUCCUUGGCGAAACUCGGCGACGCGGCGAGGCUCAUGAUGAAUGAUUUCGAGUCGGCGAUUCAGAAGGAAACCUCCAAAACGCCGAUCGCCGGCGGCGGCGUUCACCCGCUCACUCGCUACGUCAUGAACUACCUCUCCUUCCUCGCCGACUACAGCGAGUCAACCGCCGUGAUCUUCGAGAACUGGCGGCCAACCUCGCCGGAAUCUUACGCCGGAGAAGACGCUCGUCCGGAGGAGCUCUACUCGUCUCCGGUGUCCGUGCGUAUCGCGUGGGUGAUACUCCUGACUCUCUGCAAAAUCGACGGGAAAGCUCAGCCGUACAAGGACGUGGCGCUGUCUUACCUCUUCCUCGCGAACAAUCUCCAAUACGUCGUCGUAAAGGUGCGUUCGUCUGGCUUGAAGGUUCUUCUCGGGGAGGACUGGGUGGGGAGGCACGAGGGGAAGGUGAGGCAGUACGCGGACAAGUUCGAGAAGCUCGCGUGGGGGAGAGUGCUGACGUCGUUGCCGGAGAAUCCAGCUGAGGAGAUCACGGGGGAGGAGGCGACAGAGCUGUUCGGUAGGUUUAACGACGAGUUCGAGGCGGCGUACCGGAAACAGAUAGCGUGGGUGGUGCCCGACCCGAAACUUAGGGACUGGAUUAAAUUAUCGUUGAGUCAGAAGCUGAUGCCGGUUUGUACCGAGUUUUACGAGGUGAACCGGUUCGGUUUGGGAGGAGAUGGGUUUAAUGUUAGGUAUACCCCUGAAGAUAUUGGGAAUUACUUGUCGGAUCUUUAUUUUGGAAGCAGAGGGUCAGGGAGUGUGUCAACGAAAGGGUCCGGAUCCGGAACCGGUUCGUCGGCUACCGGUAAAUCUCAUGGAGGACGUAGCCAUUGAAUGAGAAUCACGUGAUUAAUUAAUAUUAAGUUGUUCUGUUUUGUUUUAGGUGGUGUGGUUAGGGUGCAUACAGUGAUUAUGUAUGAUCGUAUCAUAUAAUAUUGUAAAUUAUUCAUCGAAUUAUCGUCAUAUCAUAAUAAUCAUUCGAUACUUUCUUGGAA